UAAUCAUCGUCUGUGAGCCGCUCGCGCGCGCGCGCCGUGAAUCAUCGAUCGAGACUCUCUAUUAUGCGCGACUGCCUCGAUUGUAAUCAAUUUUUCCACGUAAAUAAUCAUAAUAAUAUCAAAAAUCCUAUGUAACACGCACACACGCUCGCGGCGAGAUUAUGUGUGCUGCUGCUGCCAGUGCUGCCUCGAGUCUGUAUGGGACUCCUACUACUAUAAUGACUCUUCUGCAAAUGCCGAGCUGAACGGUGACUGGCAUGUGUAUCAUUACAGUGUGUGUGCUCGCACAGUCGAUAUAUAAUAGUGAAAUAAUGUGCUCGUGAAGUCGACCCUGCCUACCACCAGUUCGCAAAAUAUUCUGGCGCACCUAUAAAAUUCUACUGGUGUAAAUGUGUACUGUCCAGAAGAUUGUUUACCAAUAUGAGUGUUGAGACAGUGAAAAGCAGCUGACUGUCAUGCGUGGUUAAAUCAUUUCAGUGCAGACCCAGUCAAACAUGACCUGAGCCAAGUGACAUAAUCAUGUUGCUUGGGUGAUUUUUUCAUCAUCGUUGAGAUCAAAGAUCAUGGUACAUCCACUGUUAGUACAAGAUGCCUGGGCUUACUGGGUUAUCUCUGCAGGAGCUCUGGUCUCAUUUGUUGGACUUGUUGUUGCAUGCAUAUGUAGCUGCAGGCGCAAUGAUAACAAGAGCGAGUUCCUGGGCCUAGCUGGUAUGGUAACUAUAACUCAUCCAGAUGGCGAUGGAUUUGGUAGAAUCACCCCAGUGACAGAAACAUUACAGAUUACACCGCUGGAUACAGUGGAUGGGUGUGGAAAAAGGAGCAGCACAGCAAACAGAAGUUUGCCUGACAUUCCAAAAGAUAAGGUUACAGAAACUGAUGCAGAGUUGGGCAGAAGUGCUCGCUUUUAUGAUGUUUCUGAAAACAUAGGCAGUGAUCCCUUGGAUUUAUACGCAACAGUAAAUGAAAAACAUGGUGAAAGAGCUGAUAAACGCAACAAACAAAGUAUUUCACAACAAAGCUCCCAAGAUGAAACAGCGAGUUUGUAUGCCAGACUUCAAACUCCACCAACCAGCAGCGGGGAUGAGCACCCCUAUGCUAAAGUUCAAAAUGUUUCUAAGACUGAAAAUUCAAACAGAAAUAGUAAUCAUGUAGUAGAUCUAUCACAGCCCUCUACUUCGUCCGGUCUACCAGUUGCACCACCACGUAGUCGGCGAUCUUCGUCUCACAAUUCUUUGCUUGAUCAGCAGCAACAACAAAUAUUAUCCCAAGCGCAGCCCUCGCAAGAUAUACAAGCUGCAAGCGCCAUAACAGGGGGUGUACAGGCUAAUCAAGAUUUACCUUACAUGACACCGCCUAUCAUUAUGCCACCAUUACCAAACAUUCCUCAACCUGCCGAUGCCAUUGGACCACCUCAACAACAUUUUAGCGGAGAUUCUGCAGAUUCAAAGGGUUACACUAGUAUAAGCGUGAGAGAGCCAUUAGCAAACUUAAUUGCACAAACAAAAAAUGCCCUACAACAAAGACGCAGUGAAGGUAGACCUACCGAUCCGCAUUACGCUACAGUUUCUGAUGAUUCUGAUGAGAUGUAUGCCGCAAUCGAUGAACAGGAAAAAAUAUAUACUAGUGAGAGUGAAACCUACGCUCAAAUACAGCCGGUGCCGGUGGUCGUGACCGUCGAGAUCAAUCGACCCUCGUCCGGAGAACCAUCAGCGCCCGCACGACCCGGCGAAAUUCAACCAUACGCGCAAGUACAAGCACCUCAACCACCGAGCGUCGACAGUCUCAGACACGUAGCUCACGUGCACUCACGACAAGCUUCGUCGUCGAGUGUCUCGAGUUCGAUAGCACCUCCAAGUUCACCAAAACCAGAAAAACGUCAGGCAAAUUCACCAUUACCACCGCCUCCUGAUAAAAUCACAGAUGUUUACGCUAUAAUUGACAAACGCAAUAAAACGGAUAGAGCAGCAGCAUCAUCCUCAUCACCUGUGACACCAGGAAAGUCCUUAGAAGACAUGUAUGCCAAAGUCAUGAAGAAAAAAGGUAGCGGCAACGAAGAAGAAGGUAGCCCAAUUAACUAUUCAGUGGAGCCUGCACAUUCAGCCAGUGGCGUAACGUCCAAGGCGCGCCGAAAACUGAGUUUAAUCGAACCGAACCGUGCAUCUUGGUCGAGUCACGAGUCUGGCGAAGUAUUCAAGCGGGAGCAGCCCAGUGCAGUUAAAAAUGUCGAAGAUGCAGAAUUCGACGACGGUUACGAAGCUGUUAUGGCUAGUGGUAAAAAUAAAAGACUGAGCGCACCCGUGGUCGAUGCGAAUUACGAAACAAUCAGGCCGGUGCAUCAUCCGUGCAAUAUGCCAAGUACUAGUUCCAGAAAUGGCGUUGACAGCAGCAUGCCGAUUUACUCCAUGCCUUUCAAGCAUCGACAAAUAAGCAAUGCGAGCAGCGAGGACCCUGGUUAUGAGCGUGUCCGCCUACGUCGAAGAACGACGACCGACGACGAAGCAGAUGACGAGACCUACGACUCGGAGCCGAAUUACGAAAGUAUGCCCCACGAGCCGAAUUACGCGUCGGUCAGUGGCAGACCUAGCGAUUACGAGCCCAACUAUGAGAGCGUCAGCAACGGUGAUCCGAACUAUGAGAGCGUCAAGUAUACGAACACCAGAGCCGAACCGAGCCAAGAGCCGCCUUACGAGCGACUCGAGCCAAAUUACGAAAGAAUCAGGAAAGUCAAUAACAAUGGUAGCGCCGAUACAGACGACGAGCAGUACGUACAAGUCUAGCCAAGGCUGAAAAGUCUCAAAUUGCGUCCAGACAAGUUUGGCUCGUUGCGCAUUGGGGCUACUGCAGCGAAAAUACUCAUGCGAAAAAGGGAUAGUGCCUGAUGUGUGCAAAUUUUACUCUUUUAAUUGUAAAUAUGAAUUUUUUAAUAUUUAACAUUGGAAUUGAUUCGUCUAAUGUGCAUGGCUUUAUUGGAAUUCAUCACUGCUCGCACGAAUUAAUAAAUGUGGUCGGUAUACGAGAUGUGGAAUUCAAAGUGAAAGCUGAGCUUUCAAAAAAUAUUUUACGUAGACGAACUUACUAAUUUUUAGUAUUUCAAAACCAUUAGUUAAGAUUGUAUCGACUGUAACUAGACUGUAUUAUAGCAUAGACUUAAUCGAUUAUUUUUUAAUACUAAGGCAUGUAAAUGCAAAAACAGAAUAUGUAUACGUAAUGAAAGUAUUCUGAAAUCCAGUCUAAAACUAAUUGAAAAUUAUUUUAGGAUCUUAUUGAAAUGUACAAAUAGAUUAGUUUAUCCGGAAAUGCCUUAUAUAUGUAUUUAUGAAACAGCUUAUUUGCAUACAAAAUGCGAAGCAUUGUUUAGUAUUUUUUACUAAGUCCAUGUAUUAGAGUACAGUAGUUAAACAGUAGUAGGUAUUAUUUAGAUCAAACUAAAAAACAGCUAUAUUUUAUUCAAGUGAACUAUGUUAUGUUAUUUGUAUUUACCAAUAUAUAAAAAAAAUUUUAUUAAUAGAAUUUAAUGAUUUUAACAAAUUAAUGAACUAAAAACUAUAACGGUUUACCUACAUGAAACCAGAUUGACUAUAUGCAACAAAAUUAUUAUGUUUCUGCAUAUAGAACAAUGACACUAAAAGCUGAACUAUUUAGCAAUGAAUUUUUGAAUCAGCCUUGAAUUUUUACGAAUUUCUAUUAUUGAUGAAGAAAUAUGAAAAAUAUUUUAAAAAUUAAAGCAUUGAAAAUACACGUAUUUUUGUAUAAAUCAUGCAAUCUGUACGUACAAACUUUAGAAAUUAAAUAUUUUUCCAAUAUUCCCAUGAGCUUUGAAAUGAAUAUUUCUUGAAAAAUUUAUUGAAGACGAAAAAAUUCUCCAAAAUUUCAAAUUAGUUAAACCGUAUUGGCAAAAUUUAACUAUUGCUAAUAUAAAAAUAAUAUUGAUUAUUUUUAAGUACAGAAAAAGCGUCUUUAUCUCUAUUAGCUAUUUUAUUAACAAUUAUUAAAUUGAGUAAUUGAAAAAUCAAGAGUUAUUUGUUAAACUUGUUUUUGAACCUGACUUGUAUUCAAUCUACAUAUUAUAUCAUGUAAGCCAAAUAUUGUAUUUACAAUAUAAAAAUGAACAAAAGCCAAAACUUACAUUAAGAUUAGUAGAAAUUACAAAUUAUUUUUCCGUAUAUAAAAUGUAAUACUUUUUUCAACAUUGUGAUAUGCGCACAAACGAUUCCAACUAGAUGUUUUGUAAAUUUUUUUUAAUGUACAUGAUUAAAGUAUCAGUUAACUAAAAUAUGCUAACUAUUUAUGUAUUAACUGAUGAGCGAGGGUUAAGGCUGAUAAAAAUAAAUGAGCCAAUAAGCAUUUUACAUAUUUUUUACUUUUACAAAAUAUAUUUUAUUUAAAGUGUUGAUAUUAAGAAUAGAAUUAUUCUUAUUUAUCAAAUUUAAUAUUCCAGGUUAUUUUGUAAAUAGUGUUAGAAAAUCAUUUUAAUUUUAUCAUAAUGUCAAUUAUAAAUGAUUUAAUAUUUCUGUAUUUCAAUUAUUUGAAAACUGCCAUGAAAUUAAAAUGCGCUUUUCUAUUGGAAAUUUACUGUACUUUUUAAUGUUCAUCAUCACAAACUUUAUGAAUAUUAUUGCACGAUAGAAAAAUGUAAUAAUUUUAAAAUUAAAUGUUAAAUUAAUUUUGAAAAUUUUAUUAUUAUGUAUAGAAGAGUAUUAUUGAGUACUAUUAUAAGUAAUAUUUUUGGCAGAGCUUCCAUUUUCAUUGCGUUUUUUUUUGUUAUAUUCACUUUACGACUACAUUUUUAGAAUUAUUGUAAGCAAGUGCAAACGGAAUAGUAUAUGAUGAAUUGAUAAUUUAAUUGGCUUGUUAAAAAAUGAAAUUAUAAUAUCUGAUAAAAUUAUUGAAUGCAUACAGUUCUUCAAAUCAGUGCAAUGUAAUAACACGUACCUUUUUCUUGUUUGAAAAAUAUGAAGCAACUUUAUGCUUAAUUAAUUUCAUGGCUUAUUGUUAAUUUUUUAUACUUAACUGGAGAGUUAGCUUUUAGCUGCAAAUGGAGUGAUUCAUUUUAUAUGUUACAUAUUCAAUAAAUAAACGUGGAUUUUAAAAACCA